AUGAAAUUAUAGUCAGAUUAAUCUGCAAAGUAUUUCGAAUCGCUGACAUUUCGACUUGACGCAAAGAUUUUUCAAUAUGGUGGUUGAAAACGGAUUACGUUGCAUCGCUGAGAGCUUGCGGAGAAUUCGUUUGCACAGUCGCAAAGCGAGCAAUUACCCUUGUAAAAUACUGAAAGCUGCAUUGGCAAAAGAGAUAUGAUUGCUCGAAACUUGGUUAAUGGAUUGAGGUAAAUUCACGAAAAAAAGUUGCUUAGUUUUAUACUGCGUUUGAUCUUCGACAAAACUCAGUCAUUUUUUGUCACGCCAUGCCGUUUACCGAUGAAGAAUUGAAAUUGCUUCGUAACUCGUGGGAUGAGGUUAAAAAACUUGGGAUGAAAGAAGUCGGCCUUCAUAUAUUUACCGGAUUGCUGAAUGCAGCACCAAGCUUAAGAACUUUGUUUUACACAAUUGAUUUACCCGAUGAAGAGGAAUUGACCAUUGAUGUAAUGAGAGAGAAUAAAAAAGUUGUCGCCCACGCUACAAGGAUUGCGAAUGCGAUUUCAAAAUUUAUCAAAUUUCUGGAUCAACCAGAGGAGCUUGAAAAGCUGUUGACUUCACUUGGAGAAAGCCAUGCUCGUAGACAAGUCGACCCAGAGAGUUUUGAGUACGUUGCACCAGUGAUACUCUCAGUGAUUGGGGGGCAUCUGAAGUUACCUUCUAACUCACCCACACUACAAGCUUGGGUGAAAGCUUACGGAGUUUUGCGUAAUGGAAUCGUAUCUGCGAUGGAGGCUUAGAAAGAACAUUCCUACCCAACUCAACCUCAUAACAGAGUUUGCACUUUGUUAAACUUUGUUUUCGUAGUUUUAAAUGUGUAGCGCAACACACAUGGAAGUUAAAACAUAGCACUGUGGGGUAAGAUGGGACACCUCUAUAGUACAUAUUAUCCAAAUAUCCUGAACAUGUUUUAAAUAAUUAACAGCGGUCUAUGAAAUUCGGGAAAAACGGUUUUUAUAAUUAUUUAAGCGUUCUUUGUUUACUACCAUAUGGGACGGGAAAAUACAACGAAAAGGUGUCCCAUCAUGCCCCACCCUACUAUAUGUGUUUAUUGCGGUGUUAUUUACUCAUGCGUUACAUUUUUUAAACAAUCUUUUUUUCUGCGCCUAACUCAUCAGACCUACACCGUUUAUCAAGCACAUUUAUAACAAAUUGUAACUUGUUAUUUACACAAUUGUCGUUUAACUUCUUAAGAUUUUUCAGCCUUUGUAUAUAUCGUACUAACACGCCGUUCUAAUGCUCAUAUAAAACAAAAUUGGGUACUGCUUACAUGAAAUUUGUUUUUGUGCCUUAUACUAUUCAGCAGGCUACGAUUUUAUUAUCUUUAUAAUUUAGUUAAAGUUGAAUACACAACGUUUCUCUCUCAAAUAUUAAUCGUUUUUCUCAAGACUUUAGUUUUUUGACUAA